CACGGGCAGGGCGGCGGGGUUCGGCCGUGCCGCCUCGCGCCGAUGCCAUGCUGAGGCCGGAGCCGUCUGCGUCUUACAAGGAGAAAUUCCAGCAAUUGCAAGUUGAGAGCAUGUUUGGAAAUUGAACCACUGUUUUAACUACACAGCUGAGUGAAGAUGUGGAACAAGUGUCUGAAAACCCGACAGAUGAGAGAGAAGGAGAGAUGGAAGUUGAUGAAGAUACCAGCUCUGCUAUUUUACCAGAUAGCGAACUGGGUACUGGUGCCCCUUCCUUGCGUUUCAGCAAGACCUGCCUAAAGAAUGUGUUCUCAGUAAUUCUCCUGUUCAUUUAUCUGCUACUCAUGGCUGUAGCUGUGUUCCUUGUCUACCAAACCAUCAGUGACUUCAGAGAGAAGCUCAAGCACCCCGUGAUGUCUGUCUCUUACAAGGAAGUGUCCUUGUAUGAUGCACCUGGUAUUGCCUUUUACCCAGGAAAGGCUCGGCUGCUCAGCUGCAAGCAUCAUUACUAUGAUCACAUUCUGCCUCUGAUAAAUCCAGGUCAGCCGGGAGACAUUGAGUGCACCACACAGAGUAUCAACUACACAGAUCCUUUUACUAAUCAAACUAUGAAGUAUGCUUUGGUUGUUCAAGGCCCUCGUGACGUGAAGAAGAAGGAGCUGGUGUUUUUACAGUUUCACUUAAAUGGAACAGACCAAGAUUUUAGUGCCAUUGACUACCUUCUGUUUUCUUCUUUCCAAGAGUUCGUCAACAGUCCAGAAAAAGCAGAAUUCAUGAAGGACUGUGAAAGUUCAUACUCCAGCUGGAAGUUUUCUGGAGGCUUUCGAACUUGGGUCAAGAUGUCCUUGGUGAAAACAAAGGAAGAGGAUGGCAGAGAGACUGUGGAAUUCAAACAAGAGACUAGUGUGGUUAACUACAUUGACCGGAGGACUAAGCUGAGAAGUGACCAGCUGUUUUUUGUGGUGUUUGAAUGGAAAGACCCUUUUAUACAGACUGUUCAAGAUAUAAUCACAGCAAAUCCUUGGAACACGAUCGCCCUUCUCUGCGGUAUCUUUUUGGCUCUGUUUAAGGCUGCAGACUUUGCUAAGCUAAGUGUUAAGUGGAUGAUCAAAAUCCGAAAGAGACAUUUGAAGAGAAGAAGUCAAGUAAUGAACCAUAUAAGCUGAGACUAAAACUGCCCCGUAAGUAUCUGCAACAGAAGGGACAGAGCACAAUUGAAUAAGCUUCCACUGGCAAUACAGCAAACAGGUAUGUUUUCUUCAGGAAAAGCACUGCUGGAGGAACAGCCUCAUGAACUGACAUCUGAAAUCCUGAGAAGAGCUUAACUCUAGGAAUGCUAGGACAGCUCUAACAAACUCAUGCUUUUCUAGUCCAGAUUUAACAAGUUUACCUCGGUAUGUGGGGGGGGAGAUUUCACUAAUGUAGCAGUUAGAUUCUCUAAAAACAAACAAUCAAAAAUUGAACUGUUUUGAAUGCUUCUCAGAACAGGGGGUGUGAAAGUGCUGCCUGAGCUCUGAACCUGCAUCUGCUACCAGAAUGCAGUUAUUUCUGUGACCAUACUUAGUGGAAGGUAGAACCCAAACAACAAAACAGUCCGGCCUCCCCUCUCCAAAGAAUGUUAAAACAAAAUACACUGGAAUUCUACUACAUCAUUUUUCAUUUAAAGUGUAUUGACUUGAAUAUUGAAAAUAAAAAUAAAAUAUUGGAGUGAGCUGUCAUAUCCUUCUCUGAAACUGCCUGCUCUCAGAUGCAGCUGGAGUUUUACAGGAGGUCAUCCAGACGGGAAUAUUAAUGCAAGGUGUUGAAGUUUACUAAAUAAGUAGAUUUUAUUUAUGUAUUUCUGAUCAGUCUAAGUCAAGCAACUUGAUAGUUUCUGAGAUAGACUUAGGCUGCUGCUCCUCCCUGUUUCUUGCAGUCUUUGCUAAGGUAUUAAAGAAGCCUUUCAUCAGCCUGCUGCUUAAAUGUGAUUCUUUGUUAUAAAGAGAAUGUGCACUAAUGAGCCAUGCUGGGGUGGUGGAGUCCUUUUCUUCCUUAUAAGUCCCUUGCUGGUCAGAUGCCUGACAACUCGGAGCUGUGCUGUCUACAAGGCAGCUGUGCACCACUCAGUGCUGUGUGUUUGCUCUGAAAGGUUUGUUGCAAGGAAGGAAGCAUACCGCAUCAUAUUUUGCUGCUUCCAUCCUCUACUAAUGGCUUGUUAAUGGAGUGGUAAGUGUACUUCCAAUUUUUUUUUUCCUUCUAAGGAAGUAUAGUAACUUUCAGGUGAUUUCCAGAGCAAAAUCGAGGCACUUGCUCAGGUUUAGAAGCCACAUUGUAAGUGCCUUGAUAUUGCCAAGAGUGCUACAGGUUAAGGGUUGUUGGUAAGAGCUGCUCAAACCCUCUGGUCUUCAUGAGCACAAAGAUGUGAUUACAGCACUAAAUACAAACAUAAAGACUUUAUUGAAUGCUGCUCAAUUCCCCAAAGAUCUUUCAUUACAAAAGUUUUCCACACAACUGCAAUUUAGGAGAUUGGAAUGGUACUCUGAUAAAAGAUGUGAAAAAUUCUUGAUCAGGUGACAGACAAGACUUCCAUAGUCAACUUUCCACUUUCAAGAAGUGGACUGCAUUUUCUUUAAAUAAAACAAGGAACUAGUUACUGACAGCCUUUCCUCCUUUCUGAAAGGAAAAAUAUACCCCUUUUGGUAUUGCUCUUCCAUCCCCAAGGUGCUAAAAGUAAUGCAGAAAUGGCCACAAUGGAUGGGCAGUCUCCAGGAGAACUGUGCUAUUCUGCAGCCCUCUGUGGGCUGAGCAGGAGCAAAUGUUAAGUAUGGCCAGGACCAGGAGGCAGUGAGAAGAGUGUAGAGGUACUCACUGCAUGUGAGCAAGCAUGUGGGCCAUCCUGCCCUGUUCAAGCUGACCCUCUCUCCCUGUAUGUCUCACACUAAGUGACCUUAUACAAAAAUCUAAAUGUGAAUUCAGUCAGGAAUUCAAGACCAUCUGAGAGCUCCUUCCAGCGCUGAGGGACACACACUGCGUGUCUCACGCUACUGGGAACGGACCGUGGUUUUAUUUGAGAAAAUACAGCACUGCUAGAAGCCUUCUCUAUCAUCUUCACCAAGGUAUGCAGCGAUGUGAAAAGCACAUAUAAAACAAGGAAAAAAUGUACAUAGCAAACUAUACCACCUAUGUGCAACACAAUCAAAAAUUCAAGUCAUAAUUCUCACCACUCCCGUAAUUAUUUCACUCAUUAAGGAUGAUAAUUCAGUUCUAUGAAACGCUGGAAGUGACAGGAUAUCGAUAGACAAAUUUACAAUAUGCUGUGGUACUGACAUCACUUAAAUGCUGUAUUUAAAUUCAAAUCUUUUCAUUUACACUUAGCCAGAGAAAAGUUGGCUGUUCCUACUGUACUGAUGAGGUUUAUUUUGCAAAUUUUUACGUAUUUCAAAAGGGUACAAAAAAGUAUGUUUGUCGAGUGGAGGUUGUCAUUUCUUUUAUUUGGCACUUGUAUCGUGUGCAUUGAGCACAUUGUGAGUGCUGUUCUGCUUCUCUGCCAUAGCCUUCUUCAGCUUUAGCUCCUCUAGCUUUCUCCACAGCUCUUCACGUUCCAAUUCUUUCUUUUUCUCUCUGUGGAAAAGAGUGAAGUAUCAAUUUCAGAUCCGUCUUUAAAAGAGCAGGUACCCAAACAACUGUGGUCUACACCUAGCAAUCCGCAGCUUAAGUUAAGGUUUUUUCUCCAAAGUAUCUUCAGAGGCAUUCCAUUUCCUCUAUUAAAAGGUAAGCAUGCAAGUUAGUGAAGAGCAGUAAAACAGUGACUGUGCCCUGACAGGAGUCUGUCAGAUGAUUGCUGCAUUGUGCUUUUGCAGAGGUGACUGCGGUUCGGAAAAAGGAAAGAUGCUGAGCGCUUUGGGCCAGGGGAAGCACAGCUGCUGAAGGAGCCUUAGCGUGCACAUCCAGCUAGCGCAGCUCCAGCAGCACUGCUGGCUGGUUGGGGGGAUAACAGAGGCAUUUGAGCAGUGAGGUAUUUUCCAGCCAAGCUUCUUUCUCCAGCCAACAGCCCUUGAAGCAGAGCCAGCACCAGGCGGCCCCUGUAGCACCUGAGCCCACUUCUCCCCCCACCAGGUGCCUCCUGCUGCAGUGCCAGCCACAGCAGCAGUAUCCACUGUGUGCUUCUACAGACCCUGCAGCCACAGCAGUUAAGUGCUAGAUUUCAGCUAGGUACGGACUCAACAUCACCAUCCAUUUGGACAAACAAACAAACCCAUUACCUUUGCCUUUCUGCUUUAUAUGAGCUGGUAAGCUCAUCAAAAAGCUUGCCAUUCAUUUCCAUCAGUGUUUUCAGCACGUUGUAUACCAGUGCCACGAUGGUUCUAGAACAGAAGGAGCACAACCGUUAGAAUUAACGCAACCUUCAGUAAGCAACUUUUGGUUUCCUUUUUGGACCCUAAACUUUGCAUUUAAGGUGCUACUGUAAAGCCCAGUUUUUGAAAGAAAAUCUUGUACUGUAGUCCCUCCACAAACAAAUGAAUAUUUAACUUUAAACUCCCAACUCCAGUCAACACAUACAAGAUGUAACUCUUGGUACUGUGAUGGUACUGUAAAGCCAUUCAGUUAUGUUAGUAUUUAAUAAACUGAAUUCUAGCAAGGAUUUUUAAGUAUUUGAGCAAUGAAAUAGGAGAGUCCUAAAGGAUAAAACUUCUGGUGAUAGGCACAAAUUUGGCAGUUAAUUCAAGAAAGGGAAUAGCUCAAGCAGUACUGCUGUGUCUAAGGUAAACUGCAAAUCUUGACAGCCACAGAUUAUUUUCCUUUUUGACUCUAUUUGUGAAGAUAAUCUCAUGUCAUAAAGUUAUCUUAAUAAUGUUUAUCUCCUUUCAGCCCACUCUGAAUUAUUACACACACACCUGCAGAAAUUGCAGUAAACAUGAACAAGGUGCCUAUCUUUCAGCUUAUCACUAAUCAAAAAAGGUAAGCUGUAAGGUAAGCUGUCUCCCCCUUGUUCCCCUCGCUACUGGAGACCUUCACACAGCAGUAAGGUGUGUAAGGCCAUAGAGCAGGGGUGCCAUGCUCUCACCAGCUUGAAAAAUGAGGAAAAGAAUAAUUUAAGGAAGUAACCAAAGGACCACGUUUGCCUUUUCAGUGCACUCCGUUCACUGUGGCACCUUUGAGAUCUCUCUCCUGCUGACUGGAGGCCUCACACUGACCCAAAAUGCAGAGUGGCCCUGGCUUGUCCACACACUGAAUGCUGGCUGUCUUGUGGUUUGAAGACAAAAGCCUACUUAGGUUAUUGGUUUUCUGAGAGGAAAAGCCUCAUCCUAAGUGAAUAAUUAAGACCACACUAGACAGGUAGAUGGAUAUAAAUAAGCUUCUUUGUCUUUCAAAUCAGAUUAAAACCACAGGGCUGUACUUGCUUCCUGAACUUCCUGCUUUUCAAAGUAUACAAUUAACUUGUGUCUUCUGUGCCCUUCCUAAAGUAAAGAGCACCUUCUGUCUGCAGCUAGAGGAAGAGGGACACCAUUCGGAUUUGCUGAGGCCCGCAGGCAAUACUAAGGCUCCAAGAAUCAGGUCUCCUGUGGUUACACUCAGGCUCAGCUGGUAGGUUUGCACCACCUGGAGACAUGCAGAGUAACUUCCGUCUCUAUGGGCCCUUAACAGGUGUCUGAUCUGCUCAGACUGCAGAAGGCUCCUGCCUACCUGGGUUUCUGCCUGUAAAAACUUUCUAUGUUCACUGACUCAGUUUCGGGUGCUGAGCACAGCCAAAUUUGGCAUUUUAAAAAAUAUUUCAGUGUCAUUACUUUGUCUUGCCAACAUAGGAAAAAACAACUAAGGAAAUUAAAUAACCAGCACCUAAGAUCAAAUGUCAUUAGAACAUUGCAACUGCCAUCCAGUUCCCUCAUUUUUUGAGCAAAUUCCAGUUUUCCAUCAUAAUGCAGAACAAUGAAAGCACGAUAUUGCUGAAAAUGAUGUCCAUUUCAGCAGAUUUCAUCUAAGUUAAAAUGAAGACGUAUUUACAAGGUUAUGAGCUCAACUGGAAAUAGCAGGCUUAAUGCAACGCACUCCCGGUACCGCAGGUACUUAAACGUUACUUACGGGUUCCAGUGUUCUUUGGAGAUCUUGUAUAAACUACCAAACAUAAUUGGUAGAAUUUUAUCAAUGUUCUCCUCAAUCAGACUAAGAAUAUAUUCAUUAUUCCAAAAGUACAAAGCUCUUUCUGCAACCUGAAAUGCAAAGGUUAGGAGUCAGCAACCAGAAAACAAAUUACUGCGGGUGAUUUUUGAUGGGUUUUUGUUUUGUGAUUUUUUUUUUACCUGAAAAUGUGAACUUGACACACACUUGGAAAUUUGCUUAAAUAAAGGCUCUUCUAUUUUUUUGAA